AUUCUACAAUCCAUCAGCUUUGUCCGUUGUUCUAUAUAUUUAAGUCAUGGCAUCAUCUUGUGAUGCACGUGACCUCGUCAAUUUGGACGUCUAGGAAUCUUCAUCGCACCCGUCUCCUAGACCACGACCACACACGUCCCAUCAUGCCUCCCCGAUUAAACCUCCUCACUGUUCCGCGAACAAUCGCAUACCGACCAAAGGUUGCCGCCUCUUCCCUACGCAAUGGCGCCCUGACAAGGACAUCACCACUAUAUCGCAACUACUCCGACUCGAAAGACACCCUGGGAGCAGACCGAUCCAAGGACCCCACAACUCAGCCAUUGGGUGGCGUCAGUGAGGAGGCGGCCAAGACGGCUGAUAUAACAGGUUCGAAAGGCCCUGAGCUGGAGCAGGGAACGCCGGUAGAAGAGAUCGUGAAAGACGAUAAGGAAGCGCAAUCAAAACUCCCGAAGGUGAUGCAAGAUAGCAUCAAGAGCCAUGGACCCAAAGGCUCGCGGUCUUUCUCCACCUCCGCCAGGCGCUGCGACUUUCAAACCGAGGGACUCAUCCACGCGGAGAUGCCACCACCACUGGCUUCCAUGCCUCCCGGCGUGAAGUUUGGGCUACCCACACUGCCAGUCCCAGCGGAUGCGCAUUUGAAGUAUCGUUAUGACCCUGCGGUGAAGCUGUUCACCAAUCUGAUUAUGGAGCACGGGAAGCUGAGUGUCGCGCAACGGAAUAUGGCCCUAAUUCUCACCCACCUCCGGACCUCUCCUCCUCCGACUAUCUCUCCACUAAGACCGCUUCUCCCCGGAAGCCCGCCUCCUUCCCAUCUUCCUCUAAACCCGACGCUCUACCUCACACUCGCCAUUGACUCGAUCGCGCCACUUCUCCGUAUCAGGUCGCAGAAGGGUGCGGCUGGUGGAGGUGUGGCUUUACAGAUCCCUGUGCCUCUGGGUCUACGGCAGCGAAGAAGAAUUGCCGUCGAGUGGAUCCUCGCAGCUGCGACAAAGCGGAAGAAUCGGGGAAGUGGCAAGGGCGGAUUCGCGUUGAGACUGGCGGAAGAAAUCAUUUCGGUUGUGGAGGGCAAGAGCAGUGUGUGGGAGAAGAGGGGCAUGAUUCACAAGCAGGGUGUGGCAGCACGAGCGAAUUUGAAGUUGGGCAUCAGGCGGUAAGGGCGUGGGAUUCUGGUGAUUAUACUUGGAGUGGGGCAUUCUGGUGUCUUGGAAAAUUGGUGGCUGUAAAUAUACAUAAAUGUUCGUCUUAUCAGGGCACGUGGGAAACGCGUGCUGUUAUUGAGUUCACACUCGGAGCUUGAGUACGUUUACUCUGCUUUCACGGGUUGGAGUGAAAAGAUUCACAGGCAGGUCUUGGUGAUGCAUUGAGAAAUGUUCACUCCAUUCCCACGUCUAAUUCCGAGAUCUAGCCUUGCACCUACCCUUUGUACUGUACAGUGUUCAACGAUUCUCUUACCAACCAAUACAGCUAG